GUUCAGUCUGAUUAUGGGAUUCCACUGACUUGAGAUUUUGUUUUCACGAUCAUCUCCCCUUCCUUAAUAAUAUUUUUGGUCAGACGAGACCUGAGUUAGAACACUAAUUGGCAGUUAAAGUGAGGACAGUCAAGUCAAAGCAUCAGGUAAUGCCAUGGGGUCACUGCAUCAACAAGUUGUAUUAGAUGACCGCGACCUUGUUUUAAAAAUAGUGGUCAAGAUGAAAGAAUAUCUGGCCGACGAUACCCUAGAUAUCAGUGACAAAUUCAUAAAACAAGAUGAAAGUAUUGUAACACAAGUUCUGGGAGCGUGGGAAAAGGCAUUUCUCUACUAUAACGUCAAGUUUAAUAAAUCAGCGGAUCCAAUAAUGCGAACAAUAAUGCGUAAAUACCACGCCGAUCAAGAGAUCAUGGACCAAAUUGCUGUCAAUGGAUGGACAUACUCUGAUGUUACACUGGACGUUGGCGAUGAGGCCCCAGAUGUUCAAGUGCAUUCGCUGGAUGAUGAGCAAAAGUAUAGUCUCGUUUCAAGAUGUCACAUACACAAAACAAAACCGCUGGUAAUAUUUUCCUCAUCGUGGAGCUGACCCUUCAUGUCGUUUUUUGUUAACCAGGGUAGGCUCGCAUCCCUUUAUAAUGUUUAUAAGGAGAAGGCAGAGUUUCUGAUCGUCUACCAGCUAGAGGCUCAUCCAUCAGAUGGAAUAACCUUGGGUGAAAGUAUGAUACCUCAGCACAAAACCAUUCAGGAGAAGAUAGAUGCUGCAAAGCUCUUGGUGGAUGCUGUCAAUACAGAGACCGAAGACGUCGCUACAAUAGACAUUGAUGAUGCUGAUAAGAUCCGCGUCGUUAGCGAUGAUAUGGAACAUACAUUUGCCAGUAUCUAUGACUGUUACCUAGAAGAUGUUUUUAUUAUAAAAGACGGAAAAAUAUCAAUGAUUGGAAGCAGAAUGGUUGAAGAUACAAGAGAUCCAAAUUUGAUAUUCUGGAUGGCUGACGUAGUGGAGAAGUGGCUGUCUUCAAAUUAA